AUUCAGAACAGGAACAGGGACAACACCACUGUUCAGUACUGCAACACAGGGUUACACGAUGGAAUCUGGCUCUGUUUCUCCCCCUCCUACUCAGCCAGUACCUAGAAAUACACUAUCAAGAAGUGCUUUUAAAUUCAAGAAGUCUUCAGAGUGUUGCAGCUGGAAAGUAAAAUUAGGGGGAUUUGCACAAGAAAACAACACUAUAGAUUCUGGAGAACUCGAUAUAGGCCAAAGAGCAAUACAAGAGGUUCCUCCGGGGAUCUUCUGGAGAUCACAGCUCUUCAUUGAUCAGCCACAGUUUCUAAGAUUCAAUAUCUCCCUUCAGAAAGAUGCAUUGAUUGGCGUAUAUGGCCAAAAGAGCUUACCCCCAUCACAUACCCAGUAUGACUUUGUGGAACUCCUUGAUGGUAGCAGGUUGAUCACAAGACAACAGCGCAACCUGCUUGAGUCAGAGAGAGCAGGCCAACAGACAAGGUCUAUCAGUCUCCAUGAGGCAGGUUUUAUCCAGUAUUUGGAUUCUGGAAUCUGGCAUCUCGCUUUUUAUAAUGAUGGGAAAAAUGCAGAGCAGGUGUCUUUUAAUACCAUUGCUAUAGCAGCCUGCCCAGUAUUGUGUUGUGGCAACGGGCAGUAUUCCAAAGGGCGCUGUCUCUGUUUCAGUGGUUGGAAGGGUACAGAGUGUGAUGUGCCUGCCACCCAGUGUAUUGAUCUUCAGUGUGGGGGCCAUGGGAUCUGUAUCAUGGGUUCUUGUGCCUGCAACUCUGGGUACAAAGGAGAAAACUGUGAAGAAGCUGAUUGCUUAGACCCAGCCUGUUCCAGUCAUGGUGUGUGUAUCCAUGGAGAGUGCCGCUGUAAUCCAGGAUGGUGUGGUAGUAACUGUGAAAUACUGAAGACAAUGUGUCCAGACCAGUGCUCUGGUCAUGGGACAUACCUUCAAGAAAGUGGUACCUGCACUUGUGACCCUAACUGGACAGGUGUAGAUUGCUCAAAUGAAAUCUGUUCUGUGGACUGUGGCUCUCAUGGUGUUUGCAUGGGUGGAACGUGUCAUUGCGAAAAAGGUUGGACUGGACCAGCCUGCAAUCAAAGAGCCUACCACCCUCGCUGUGCUGAACAUGGAACCUGUAAAGAUGGGAGGUGUGAAUGUAGCCAGGGGCGGAAUGGCAAGCGCUCUGGUGUCUUGGCUAAACCAGUUGUUGAGCCACAUGUAAUGGCAGUUUGGGGGAAGAAUGUCACCCUGAAAUGCAUAAUUGAAAUAAGUGGAACAAUAACACAAAUCUCAUGGGAGAAGAUGCAUGGUAAAAGUAAACAGACCAUUGCUGUUCAUCAUCCUAAAUAUGGGUUUGCUGCUCAAGGAGAAUACCAAGGAAGAGUGUCAUUUAAGAACAACUCACUUACUGAUGCAACCAUCACCCUACACAAUAUAAGCUUCUCUGAUUCAGGAGAAUAUGUAUGCAAAGCAGUUACAUUCCCGCUAGGAAAUGCUGAGUCAUCAACGACUGUAACUGUAUUGGGUUAGGAGUUGAGCUAAACAAACAAACAAACAAAAAUCCACUUUGAC